GAACCGAGUUCCAUAUGCAACAUCCGGUGUUGAAAUUUCAACAUGAGUUUCAACAAAUACCACAAAAAAGUGAAAGAAAAUGACACUGUCAUACUAUACCUAGGAUAUGACAAUAUGCACGCCAUUAAGAUAAAAAGAGGUUCGGUUUUCCAAACGAAAUAUGGCGCUUUACGGCACAGCGACGUCAUUGGAACGACUUACGGAAACCGAGUUCAGUGUCCAAAGGGGUACCUGUAUAUUCUGUACCCAACUCCUGAGUUGUGGACCUCAAAUUUACCACAUAGAACACAAAUUCUCUACUCAACAGAUAUUAGUGUGGUUUCAUACCAACUUGAUCUCAAACCUGGCUCUGUUGUAGUUGAAUCAGGUACAGGAAGUGCAUCCCUAUCUCACUCCAUCAUUAGGUCCAUUUUGCCAAAUGGUCAUCUCUAUACAUUUGAAUUUCACAAAGAAAGAGCACAGAAAGCAGAGGAGGAACUGAAGGAUCAUGGACUCUCGGACUAUGUCACUGUGACUCAUAAAGAUGUCUGUAAGUUUGGCUUUGACCUGGAGGAUGUUGCUGAUGCAGUAUUCCUAGAUUUACCAGUUCCUUGGGAUGCUCUACCAAGUGCCAAAAAAGCUUUGAAAAAGCUAGGAGGAAGGAUCUGUUCCUUUUCACCUUGUAUUGAACAAGUCCAGAAGACCUGUGCAUGCUUGGCAGAGUUGGGAUUUGAAGAAAUUUCAACAAUGGAGUGUCUCGUCAGAAAUUAUGAUGUGAGAACAAUUAAUUUGCCUAACCCCGAGUUUUCCAAAGAAAAUUCAAAGUCACUGCCUCAGCAGAAAAGUACAAAAUCUGAACAGGAGGACAUGGACUCAGACUCACCAAGCGAGUCUGCAGAGAAAUCUUUACAGUGUGGGAAAUCUGGUGGCAAGAAAAUAACAAUUUGCAACUCCAAAGACAAAGGUCAAACUGCCGAAGUCUUGGAUACUCCUGAAUGGGACUACAUCGGUAAAAAAACUGCUGCAAACUUCUCUUUUAAAUCUGGGGUUUCAUUUGGAAAAAUGCCAGGACACACUGGAUAUUUGACUUUUGCCACACUUUAUCCAUUGUAGCUACUAUUUUACUAGACCACUGUCAAAUAAUUUCAACAUUUUUCUUCAUGGUAAAUGUACAUGUGAUGUGCUUUCAAUAAUCAUAAACCACCUUUAUUGGAA